GCAUGGAACUUCAAAUCAAACACCAUGUCUGCUCCCGCCGGACUUAAUCAGGAGAUUCAUUACAUUUAUUAUUUGGUAUCGAACAUCUCGAUUGGUUAAUCUUGUUCCAGCUUCUCAAACGUCAGAAGUCACUGUAUUUAAAUUGGAGAACAUAUUUAUAUAUACUGCGAUUUUCGCAACUCUACCCCUGAUAGGUAUCAGCUGUACACGGUAUAAUCCAAUUGGAAGCAUAAACUUCACCACAAGCGUCAUUAAAGCUUUCGAUUGGAUGAAACAGUCAACAGCUGUACCUGCCAGGGGCAGAAUUACAUAAAUUGCAGUAUAAAGUUGGUUUGUGCUAACAACACUUCUAAUAUUUUGGUUAUGGUCGUUCGCGAAACGAACCAAUUCUUCUUCGUGUUUUAAAGUUCAUUUUCGAAGUUCACCAUGUCAAUAUCACAACCUUCCGGGUAUAAUAUGGUAGAUCACUUUCUGCAAACUGCUAAAAACAGUUUGUGGAACAUAAUGGAAUACGAAACCGUCACUGUCGUCAUGGGAAAUGAAGCCUGUGAUUUGGACACAGUUGCCUGUUCACUGGCAUAUGGAAUUUAUUAUUAUGACAGGUACAGACGAUAUUCUAUGGAUUGUGUGGCCAUGGCUAUAUUUGAUAUUCUUCCAGAAGAAUUAAAUCUUAAAACGGAAGUUCUUUUCUGGUUACAGAAACUCAAAAUAUCCAAAACUCAUUUCAUGUUCAGAGAUGAUGUAAAUUUGAGACAACUGCAUGGCAUUGGAAAGUUGCAGUUAAUAUUAGUUGAUCACCAUGUACUUUCACCUCGUUGGAAUGGUUUAGAAAAAGCUGUUGUGGAAGUAAUAGAUCACCGCCCAGUCCAGAAGGGAAUACAGUGGCCCCUUGCAACAGUGAAUAUUUCCACUGUAGGAUCAUGUAGUUCCUUGAUAGCAGAAAAAGUAAUGGAGAAGAGGAAAGAUGUGUUUACUCUUCAAAUUUCAAUGCUUCUAUAUGGGGCAAUUGUUCUUGAUACAGCUGGACUAUCUCUUACUUCUGGACGAACUACAGAACUAGACCUGUCAAUGGCAGUUAUGUUUGAGAGCAUGUAUCAGGAGUGUGACAGAGAGAAAGUCCUCAAAGUAUUGGUUCAAGCUAGAGCUGAUAUCUCUACAUUGGCCACAAAAUUGGUCCUAAUUAAAGAUAUGAAGUUGGCACGUGGAAUACCAAUAUGUGGUUUCCCAGUUUCAAUACCUAAAUUAAUGGAAAGACUAGAUCUUUAUGAUGUUCUUCUGAAAUUUUGUGAAGAGAAAAAGUACCAAAUUAUUGUUUUAAUGGGGCAAGAAGUUUCUUCAGGUACAUUUCUGAGGGACUUGGGUGUGUUUACUUCCAUUCCUAAGUGGAAUGGUGCAGAGAAGCUUAUUCAAUUUCUUCAAGAAUCAACUGAUCCAAAUUUGGAGCUAGAACCUCUUGAAACUCAAAAAAAAAUUACUGGAUUAGUUGUUUUUAAACAAAAAAAUACUCGUGCUUCUCGCAAACAGGUCUUGCCUAUUGUAGAGGCAGCUACUCGUGAUAUACCAGAAUUACAUGCAUUGAAUGAAUAUCCAUGUCAAUGCAAGUAAGCAACGUUAUCAGCUUGUCAACAAGUCCUACUUUUUUGGAUGCUAAAGGAAUUCAGGGGUUUAUUGUAAAAUAAUAUUCAUUCAUUUCUUUUAUAUUUGGUAUUUGGAACAAUUUUGAACAGUCUAAAUUUCCAUUUGAGGUUGCUUUUCACAAAAUCCUGAAAACUACUAAGGAUAGAACUUUCAUUCUCAUAAGCACAUUUUAAACACAAGCACAGAAUUUGAACAUAUAUUCUCACAAUUUGAAAAUAUCACAAAUGUGCUGUUGUAAAUUGAAAUGUGUAAUUGUUUUAAUGGGAGAUAAAAGUGCUCUGAUGAGUUCAAACUUUUAGAAUAUUUAUUUCUGUUUUCAAGAAAGAAUAGUAUAGUAUGGAUUGUUAUCAUUAUGUACAUCUCUUUUUCUUGACUCGGUGUAAGAUUUUUUUUUCUUUUCUUUCUUUCUUUACUUAAAGUGAAUUAACUGAAACUGUUCCAAGGUAUAAUUAUCUGAAAAUUGAUCAAAUUAGGGUGAUAACAAGAUACAAAUUUUCUUAAAUAUAUUUGUAAAAUUUCAGUAUUAAUUAAGUAUAUUUAGCACUUUUGAAUAAAAAAAAAUAUUUAAUCCUAAUUCUUUAAUUCUCAUUGGUAAAAGGUUGCUGAAAUUGAUGAGCACUUCCUAUAGGGGUUUUUAUCUACAAAGCAAGAGAGGUAGGAAAAUACAGAGAUUUCAAAAUUACCCCAUAGCUUUUGUGCACAAUUCCUAAUGGAAGAGCAACAGAUUCCUUACAGUCAAGAUAAGAUAAAUGAGAACUAUUGCUGUAGAAAGAAAAGAAAAUACUGAUGAAUUGCUGUAACUUAUGGAUUUUAAAGAUCAAAAUAAUUUAUAGAGAAAAAUUGUAUAUUUGAAGGAACCUUAAUGAUUAUUUCUAUUUUGCAUAAUGCAAUUUUUAGAAUACUGUUGUGCAAAAGGCAUGCAAUUGAAUGAAUUUGCCAUUGUUAUUUCAAAGACUAAGGAAAAUAGUUGAGUUCUCAAUUUUUUUUUUUUUUUUUCCUUUUCCUUUUCCUUUUCCUUUAAAACCUUUGAAAUUUGAGAAAAGGGAAAAAGGGAAAUUAAUUUUGAAUUUCAUCAUAUGGUUUCACAAUUCAACAAUCCAUCUUAAUAAAUAAUUAUUGGUUCUACAACAGAAGAUUUUUCUCAUUUUUUCAUUAAAGGUUAUGUAUUAUAGUUGACAUUCCUCUUCGACUAAUAUUUCAGCAAUUGUUUGAAAAACUUCUGUAAUCAAAUGAAUUGCAAGAGGUUUGCAAUGAAAAUACAUUUAGAGCUAUAUUUGAGAAAAUUUUGAAAAUGUCCUCAGAACUAGUGAAGUACCGCCAUAAAUAAAUAAAUAAAUAAAUUUUAAAAAAAUUGUAAUUAAAGGGCCUGACGUCACUCAAAUUGAUCAUAUUUUAGUGAAAAGCUUGUAUGUGAUUUAGGCCCUAAUAUUCUUUAAAGAUGGACAGAUGUUUGGAGAACGAACACUAUAUUGGUAUAAAUAAUGAUAAUAAUGGUAAUGAACAAUAUAUUGGUAAUAUCAAGGCCCUCCAAAACAUGGAUUUUGAUUAUUCUACAUAUGUGAGAAAGUACUAUGUUGUUGUUAUAUUCAUUUUCUUCAUAUUUGUUCGUAUUAUUUCAUACUUUUUUAUUACACCAUAUUAUUCACGUAACAAUAUAAUACAAAUAGGGAAACAAAAUGUUGACUUUUGUGGUAUCAUGGGCCCACAUAUUUUCACUCAAAAAAUUUCCACUUUUUCUUGUGCUUUUCUACAUGUAUACAGCAAAAACAAAAACAACAUGUGUGGUCAUUGUGUAUGUCCCACAGAAACUUUCCAUUCACCAGAGCAAUUUGGUACUUCGAAGAGUUCGAAUGUUUAGGCAUUUAUUUCUCCUAAAAUAGGUAG